ACUGUUUGGCUGUGACUUCUCAUUUCUUUUUCCCGUCAAACACUACAGGUGACCAAAGCAUAUAAUCUUAUUCUUGUUCUUCUUCUUGCCUUAGCUUUCCAGGUACUUAUAUAACUAUAUCGGUUUUCUUGGGGGAUAAGACUUCGUCAGUAUCAUAUGAAUUGUUGAUUGAUGGGUUCCGAAGGGCCAGCAGCGGUAACCAUCCAUGUGACUGGUUUUAAGAAAUUUCAUGGAGUUUCCGAGAACCCAACCGAAACCAUUGUUAGUAAUCUAAAAGAGUAUACAAGAAAGAAAGGUUUACCGAAAGGCGUUAUCCUUGGCAGUUGUAGUGUUCUUGAGACUGCUGGACAAGGAGCUCUCACUCCACUGUAUCAGACAUUGCAAUCUGCCUUAACAGGGAAGGAUUCUCAAUCUUCAUGUUCUGAGAAAAUUAUUUGGGUGCAUUUUGGAGUCAAUAGUGGUGCCUGCAGAUUUGCUAUUGAGCAUCAAGCUGUAAAUGAAGCUACUUUCCGUUGCCCUGACGAGAUGGGAUGGAAACCUCAGAGAGUACCCAUUGUGCCUGCAGAUGGUGGAAUUUCACGUGUACGUAAGACUUCUCUUCCUGUUGAAGAGAUCACGAAGGCAUUAGCAAAGAAGGGAUAUGAGGUGAUGACAUCGGAUGAUGCCGGACGGUUUGUGUGUAAUUAUGUGUAUUACCACUCCCUUCACUUUGCAGAGCAGAAUGGGAUCAAAUCCCUCUUUGUCCAUGUCCCUCUCUUCUUGAUCAUAGACGAAGAGACCCAAAUGAAAUUCGCAGCCUCCUUGUUGGAGGUACUUGGUUCACUCUGUUAGUAACAUAGUGUAUCAACCCAUCUUCUUUUCCAAGAAUCGACACUGUUGUACUGUUAUGGAUCAUGUUGUGAGGGAUGGAUGCAUGCUUAUUUAUUAAACAGACGACGCGUUUAUGCAUAUGGAAAGAAAUUGUAUUUCGGCAGAUACAUCUUAUGCAUUUAACUUAUUUUUCCAAAUACGUGUUCCUCUUAUGCUUGAAAAUUAGAAUGUUGAUACGUGAAUAGAUUCCAGCUUUGUUUCUAUUAC